UCCAUUGGCUGAAGGACAACUGACGACAUCUGUGAAUACAACAUGAACAUUCUUGGCGUGAAGAAUGACGUCUGCUGUGUUACCUGCUGUAGCUGAGCAGCUUUUCCGAGAUAUCCAUAACAUUUACCAAGAAACAUCUCAAAUUCCUGAUGACUUACUUAUUGCGCUAACGUUUGUUUUUGGGCAAUGUGCUGUACAAGCUUUGGAUCUGGUGGACCAGCACUCAGUCACAUGUUUGUCAUCGCCAAGUGGACGUAAAGCCUUCCAGGUCACAGGAGGCUCGGGACGUUUGUACACCUGCUUCACGUCCUGCCACUACUGCCCCUGUCCAGCCUUUGCCUACAUGGUGCUGCGGAGGAACAAAGGCCUGCUGUGCAAGCACAUCCUGGCUGUGUACCUGUGUGAGGCCAUGGGUGUGACUCACAUGCAAAGCGUGCCUGAUCAGCAGAUGACGGUGCUGCUCAGUGGGACUUCACCACCGUGACGCACACAUAUUCCUCUGUGACCCUGCAGGGAGGAUGUGGACACUGGAUGCUGCAGAUGAAGUAUGGCAUCACGAAUCUGCAGACUCGUCACAUCAGAUGGCGGCGCCCGGACGGGCUGCGUCCUCGCGGAGCUCCUGCUAAAGAUGAAACAUUUGGCAGAAAUAACGGACAAUUCUACAAACUUCAUGGCUGGCUCACAUCGUGGUCACUCCGUGAUCACGUACGACCGCCAGACACUUCUGGAUAUGGACAUAUCGGGCCGUUUUGGACCGAUAGACGAGUGCGUGCUAAACAUGCUAACUAGCAUGGGAAUACGUCGACGGCUACAUCCAGCGGCCUGUGAAGCAGGGGAGUCUAGUAGCAGCGGGGGCCGUCUACGGAGCACACGCCAGCGGUGUGAUCGGAAACGCGGAUGCCGAGCGGGGCUUAAAACAAAGCAGAAGGCUAAUCCCCACAGGACACCACUUCCCUCCAUCCUGCAGCCAGAUUUAAAUGGAAGAUGCGAGACUACUGGUCUGGGUAAGGAGUCAGUUGAAUUAGAACAAGUUUUUUCUGCUUUGAGUGUUUCAGAGUUGGACAUGUGUUUUACCGAGGUGGCUAACUAUGAUGCGUGCAGUUUAUCAAAGCAACAAACAAACAGUCGGAAAAUUCCCGUUAGUGAGGUGGCUAACCAUGAUGCGUGCAGUUUAUCAAAGCAACAAACAAACAAUCGGAAAAUCCCCGUUACUGAGGUAGCUAACCAUGAUGCGUGCAGUUUAUCAAAGCAACAAUCAAACAAUCGGAAAAUUCCCGUCGUAUCAAUUCCUAGAUAUGGUCGUAAUUAUACUAAAUGCACUGGGCAUAAUAAACACAACAUUAUUAACAUUGCUACUACGGAUAAUUUGAUCAAAAACUCCCUAAAACAGCCCACUACCUAUAAUAUAGGUUUUUUAAACAUAAGAUCAUUGUCUCCCAAAACGUUGUUAGUUAAUGAUAUUAUCAGAGACAACAAUCUUAACGUCAUCGGUCUCAGCGAAACCUGGCUUAAACCAAACGACUUUUUUGCGCUAAAUGAGGCAUGUCCUCCUAACUUUACACAUGCGCAUAUUGCCCGUCCGCUUAAAAGGGGUGGGGGGGUCGCACUAAUAUACAACAAAAACUUUAACCUUAGUCCUAACAUAAAUAAUAUCGUUUGAGGUGCUUACUAUGAGGUCUGUCACACCGCUGCCUCUACACCUGGCUGUUAUCUACCGCCCCCCAGGGCCCUAUUCGGACUUUAUCAAUGAAUUCUCAGAGUUCGUUGCUGAUCUACUGACACACGCCGAUAAUAUAAUCAUAAUGGGGGACUUUAAUAUCCAUAUGAAUACCCCAUUGGACCCACCGUGAGUAGCGCUCCAGACUAUAAUUGAUAGCUGUGGUCUCACACAAAUAAUAAAUGAACCCACGCAUCGCAACGGUAAUACGAUAGACGUAGUGCUUGUCAGGGGUAUCACCGUUUCCAAAGUUACGAUACUCCCGUAUACUAAAGUAUUAUCCGAUGAUUACCUUAUAAAAUUCGAGGAUCAGACGCAUGUUCGUCAAACUAAUAAUAAUAAUAACUGCUAUAGCAGCCGCAACAUUAAUACGGCCACAACGACAACUCUUGCUGACCUACUGCCCUCGGUAAUGGCACCAUUCCCAAAAUAUGUGGGCUCUAUUGAUAACCUCACUAACAACUUUAACGACGCCCUGCGCGAAACCAUUGAUAACAUAGCAUCGCUAAAGUUAAAAAAGGCUCCAAAAAAGCGCACCCCGUAGUUUACAGAAGAAACUAGAGCUCAGAAAUUAUUAUGUAGAAAGCUGGAACGCAAAUGGCGCACGACUAAACUUGAGGUGCACCAUCAAGCAUGGAGUGAUGGUUUAAUAACUUAUAAACGCAUGCUUACCUUAGCUAAAGCUAAAUAUUACUCAAAUCUCAUCCACCGUAAUAAAAACGAUCCUAAAUUUUUGUUUAGUACGGUAGCAUCGCUAACCCAACAAGGGACCCCUUCCAGUAGCUCAACCCACUCAGCUGAUGACUUUAUGCAAUUCUUUAGUAAGAAAAUUGAAGUCAUUAGAAAGGAGAUUAAAGACAAUGCGUCCCAGCUACAACUGGGUUCUAUUAACACUGACACGAUGGUAUAUACGGCGGAUACUGCCCUCCAAAAUAGUUUCUCUCGUUUUGAGGAAAUAACAUUAGAGGAAUUGUUACAACGUGUAAAUGGAAUAAAACAAACAACAUGUUUACUUGACCCUCUUCCUGGGAAACUGAUCAAGGAGCUCUUUGUAUUAUUAGGUCCAUCAGUGCUAAAUAUUAUAAACUUAUCACUAUCCUCGGGCACUGUUCCCCUAGCAUUCAAAAAAGCGGUUAUUCAUCCUCUUCUUAAAAGACCUAACGUCGAUCCUGACCUCAUGGUAAACUACCGACCGGUGUCUCACCUUCCCUUUAUUUCAAAAAUCCUCGAAAAAAUUGUUGCGGAGCAGUUAAAUGAACGCUUAGCGUCUAACAAUCUAUGUGAAACCUUUCAAUCCGGUUUCAGGGCAAAUCACUCCACGGAGACAGCCCUCGCAAAAAUGACUAAUGAUCUAUUGCUAACGAUGGAUUCUGAUGCGUCAUCUAUGUUGCUGCUCCUCGAUCUUAGCGCUGCUUUCGAUACCGUCGAUCAUAAUAUUUUAUUAGAACGUAUCAAAACACGAAUUGGUAUGUCAGACUUAGCCCUGUCUUGGUUUAACUCUUAUCUUACUGAUAGGAUGCAGUGUGUCUCCCAUAACAAUGUGACCUCGGACUACGUUAAGGUAACGUGUGGAGUUCCCCAGGGUUCGGUCCUUGGCCCUGCACUCUUCAGCAUCUACAUGCUGCCGCUAGGUGACAUCAUACGCAAAUACGGUGUUAGCUUUCACUGUUAUGCUGAUGACACCCAACUCUACAUGCCCCUAAAGCUGACCAACACGCCGGAUUGUAGUCAGCUGGAGGCGUGUCUUAAUGAAAUUAAACAAUGGAUGUCCGCUAACUUUUUGCAACUCAACGCCAAAAAAACGGAAAUGCUGAUUAUCGGUCCUGCUAGACACCGAACUCUAUUUAAUAAUACAACUCUAACAUUUGACAACCAAACAAUUAAACAAGGCGACACGGUAAAGAAUCUGGGUGUUAUCUUCGACCCAACUCUCUCCUUUGAGGCACACAUUAAAAGCGUUACUAAAACGGCCUUCUUUCAUCUCCGUAAUAUCGCUAAAAUUCGCUCCACUCUGUCCACUAAAGACGCUGAGAUCAUUAUCCAUGCGUUUGUUACGUCUCGUCUCGAUUACUGUAACGUAUUAUUUUCGGGUCUCCCCAUGUCUAGCAUUAAAAGAUUACAGUUGGUACAAAAUGCGGCUGCUAGACUUUUGACAAGAACAAGAAAGAUUGAUCACAUUACGCCUGUACUGGCUCACCUGCACUGGCUUCCUGUGCACUUAAGAUGUGACUUUAAGGUUUUACUACUUACGUAUAAAAUACUACACGGUGUAGCUCCAUCCUAUCUUGCCGGUUGUAUUGUACCAUAUGUCACGGCAAGAAAUCUGCGUUCAAAGGACUCCGGCUUAUUAGUGAUUCCCAAAGCCCAAAAAAAGUCUGCCGGCUAUAGAGCGUUUUCCGUUCGGGCUCCAGUACUCUGGAAUGCCCUCCCGGUAACAGUUCGAGAUGCCACCUCAGUAGAAGCAUUUAAGUCUCACCUUAAAACUCAUUUGCAUACUCUAGCCUUUAAAUAGACUCCCUUUUUAGACCAGUUGAUCUGCCGUUUCUUUUCUUUUUCUUCUAUGUCCCACUCUCCCUUGUGGAGGGGGUCCGGUCCGAUCUGGUGGCCAUGUACUGCUUGCCUGUGUAUCGGCUGGGGACAUCUCUGCGCUGCUGAUCCGCCUCCGCUUGGGAUGGUUUCCUGCUGGCUCCGCUAUGAACGGGACUCUCGCUGCUGUGUUGGAUCCGCUUUGGACUGGACUCUCGCGACUGUGUUGGAUCCAUUGUGGAUUGAACUUUCACAGUAUCAUGUUAAACCCGCUCGACAUCCAUUGCUUUCCUCCUCUCCAAGGUUCUCAUAGUCAUCAUUGUCACCGACGUCCCACUGGGUCAUUAUUGUCACCGAUGUCCCACUGGGUGUGAGUUUUCCUUGCCCUUAUGUGGGCCUACCGAGGAUGUCGUAGUGGUUUGUGCAGCCCUUUGAGACACUAGUGAUUUAGGGCUAUAUAAGUAAACAUUGAUUGAUUGAUUGAUUGAUUUUGUGUAGGCCUGGGCGAUAUGGCCUAAAAAUAAAAUUACGAGUUUUUUUUUUACAAGAUUAUUAUUUGAUUUAUUUAUUUGAUUUAUGAUUAUUUACCCAACUUAAAAAUAAAAAAAAACAUUGAAAAAAAUGGAGAUAAUUCAAAACCAUUUUUUUUUAUUUUAUUUGACCAAAAACUAGGAGUUUGAAAUGACACUGCAUCUUAGUGUUAGCAACAUUCUAAUUUUAAGUUUAUUCACUUAUAUAUCUCAUUAAAAACAACCCCCAAGAAAUACAGUGUCACAUUGACAUUGUAACACGGAAGGAUGAAAAAAUACAACAGUAAAAUAUACCUUAAAUUGAAGUGCAAAAUAUAUCACCUAAAAUAUUAACAUUUUAUAAAUAAAUAAACAAUUUAUAAAACAAAUGAAUAAUAUUGUUAUUUUUGGCCAAAUAUAACUUGUGCCUUUUAAAUCAUUUUGAAAGAACUAAAUUAAGAGCUUCCUCUGGGAAGCAAUACUUUUGUCUUGAAGAAAUUACUUCUGUUGACAAAAAUGCAACAUUGCACAUUGCAUGCUAAUAAAUCUUCAACACUGAGAUUAAUAAAGUGAAAACAUUAAAACUUCUGUUUUGAAUACAAAACUUCUAUAAUUGAAACGCAGUAUUGUAUAUUGUAUGCAAAUAAAUAAUCAAGUAAAACAUUGAAAAAGAUUAUAGUUUCAGUAAGUCAAGGCUUUUUCAUUCACACAUCUUAGCAGCGUGCAGAGUGACUAUUUUAGUGAUUUUUUCCCCACUGUGCUCCAUUUUAUCAUACAUGGUAUCAUCAUCAGUUUGGAAAAAUGUAUUUGAAAAAGUAAUUUAUUAUAGUUACUCUGCCAAAACUUAAUUGAAUUACUUAUGGAAUUACUAGGGAAAGUAAGUAAUGCUUUGCUAAAAUAAAUAAAUAAAAUAAUAUAAAUGACUUAUGCAGUUGAGCCGUUUCAUAUUAGAGCUGAGUGUGUCUUUAAAAGGCUGUUGCCAAGUGACAUGUGAUGUCAGCGUCCAGACAGAGCAGCAUUAGCUCAAUUGUGUUUGUUAGUGUACCACUGGCAGUCUGUUGGUAGUUACAGCAGCUCUGUUGAAUCUUUUCACUGGAUUGUGUUACUUCUGGUUAAUAAAGAAAUAUAAAGUGUU